AUGCACGCGGCCUUGGUCACCUCUUGGGGCUCUGCCCCAACCUACACAACCACGGAAGACCUCCCGCCCCCUUCUCCCACCCAAAUCCGUCUGCGCGUUCUCGCAUCCGGCGUUCACCGCCUCGUCCUUUCCCGCGCCGCCGGAACACACUACACCUCCACGACCCUGCCGCAUCUCCCUGGUGUCGAUGGAGUUGGCGAAGACACAACCACAGGCCAGCGCUACUACUUCACCGCACUCGCUACGGGAUCUUUUGCGGAAUUCGUCAACAUCGAGCGCAGUCUCGUCGCGCCGUUGCCGAAGAAUGCCGACCCUGUUGCAGUCGCUGCAUACACAAAUCCUGUCAUGAGUAGCUGGAUGGCUUUCGCCGCGCGAAUGGCUGCUCAGACACCCGGAUUCUCAAUCGCGAUUCUAGGUGUCACCAGUGCAAGUGGGAGAGUUGCCGUAGACGUUGCUCGCGCACGAGGUGCGGGACGUGUGGUGGGGAUUGCUAGGAACGCCGCCGCAAUGGCGGAGAUAGCACUCGAUGAGAGGAUCGUCCUCGAGGGCGGGGAGACGGACUGGUCGAAGCUAGGGGACGUGGAUGUCGUGCUGGAUUAUGUCUAUGGACCUCCGGUCAUCGAACUAAUCAAGGCGUUGCCCAAAUCUGAGAAGGAGGUGCAGUUUGUCCACAUCGGCUCUGUAUCUGGUGAUGGUAACAUCAGCCUUCCUGGGGCCUUCUUACGGGGGAAGAGAAUCGCGAUCCGUGGCGCUGGCCCAGGGAGCUGGACGAUGACAGAGUAUGCAAAGGAGCUUGGUGGAAUGGUGGAUGUGAGCUCGGGGUUGAAAGGGGACGAUGUUACCGUGAUUAGGUUCAAGGAGGUUGAAAAGGGAUGGAAGGAGGCUGGAGUGGGUAAGAAGAGAGUAGUGUUUGUAACUGAUGAUCUUUAG